GCAAAUGGUAUUUCUUCCUAUCAGCAGAACAUUUCUGUACAAUCUUUGGGAUGUUAAUGAUUUUUUUCCUGCACUAUAAAUUUUACCUCUCAGCAUUUGCUUUAAGCUGAAAAGGGGAUCAAUGCUGGAAUUCUCACAGCACCAAAGAAAAAGUUUUUUGGGAUGUCAGCCUACUUUUGGUUUGAGGGAAUACCUUUCUCUGCUAUAUUGUAUAAAAAAGAAAUUAUUGAAGAAAGCCUUGAUAAGUUUGUGAUCAGAGAUGAAGACUCGGUCAUAGUGAGUUAUCCUAAAUCAGGAACUAACUGGCUGAUUGAGACUAUCUGCUUAAUUCAGACCAAGGGAAAUCCCAAAUGGAUCCAAUCUGUGCCUAUCUGGGAUCGCUCGCCCUGGAUAGAGACUAAAAGGGGAUUUCCAAUAUUGAUCAAUAAGGAAGGACCACGCCUCAUGUCUUCCCACCUCCCUUUCCAUCUUUUCCCCAAGUCUUUCUUCAGAUCCAAGGCCAAGGUGAUCUAUGUCAUCAGAAAUCCCAGAGAUAUUCUUGUGUCUGGCUAUUUUUUCCUGCGUAACACAAACCUUAUUGAUAAUCCAGAGUCACUAGGAACUUACCUUGAAUGGUUCCUCAAAGGAAAUGGUGAGUGUCCGGCUAAAUAUAGGGGUUGAGGGAGGCUCAGUUAC